CAAUUUUUUUUACUAAGCCUAACAAAAUAAACCCUAAUUUCUCAAUCCAGGUGAAAUUGUGGGUGACUCAACCUCCAAAGAUUUCAAAAGCUAGCAACUUUAGUUAUGCUCGUUGUCGUAGUAACAAAUCAAGGAGCAAUGCAACAAACCCAGGAGUCGUGUUCGUCUGUAAUAGAUUUCUGUGUGUUAUCGAAAGAAAUGAUGAGAGGAAAUUCUCUGGGAAGGUUAUGAUGAAAUCUUCAGUUAAUUUCAGACAGAAUCUCUCUGUUGCAUUAGUUCGGAUAGUUUCUGUCCUACUUGUCUCUUCCAUUUCUGUUGUUACCACUGAUUCACCACCAUCAUGGGGUCUUAGUGAGGAGAAUCUUCUCUUCCUCGAGGCUUGGAGAACGAUUGAUCGAGCAUAUAUUGAUAAAACCUUUAAUGGGCAAAGCUGGUUUCGUUACAGAGAGACUGCUUUAAGGAAUGAGCCUAUGAACACUCGAGAAGAGACAUACAUGGCUAUCAAGAAAAUGGUUGCAACACUAGAUGAUCCUUUUACUCGAUUCCUGGAGCCCGGAAAGUUUAAGAGUUUGCGGUCCGGGACUCAAGGGGCGGUUACGGGUGUUGGGCUGUCGAUAGGUUACCCCGCUGCAUCAGAUGGACCACCAGCUGGGCUUGUUGUUAUAUCAGCUGCUCCAGGAGGUCCUGCAAAUAGGGCUGGAAUUUCACCUGGGGAUGUUAUUCUAGGAAUUGAUAAUACAACCACAGAAACUCUCACCAUAUACGAUGCUGCACAAAUGUUGCAGGGACCUGAAGGAAGUACAGUGGAGCUAGCGAUUCAUAGUGGACCUGAGACGAGACUCUUAACUUUGACGCGAGAGCGGGUUUCUGUGAAUCCGGUGAAGUCAAGAUUAUGUGAACUUCCUGGUUCUGGGAGUAAUUCCCCUAAGAUUGGGUAUAUCAAGCUAACAACAUUCAACCAAAAUGCUUCUAGUGCGGUAAGAGAAGCAAUUGAAACCUUGAGAGGCAACAAUGUAAAUGCAUUCGUCUUGGACCUUCGAGACAAUAGUGGAGGUUCUUUCCCAGAAGGAAUUGAGAUUGCUAAAUUUUGGUUAGAUAAAGGAGUGAUUGUGUAUAUUUGCGAUAGUCGAGGUGUUAGAGAUAUAUAUGAUACUGAUGGAAGCAAUGCUAUAGCAACCUCUGAGCCUCUUGCCGUUCUCGUUAACAAAGGCACCGCAAGUGCCAGCGAGAUAUUAGCAGGCGCCUUGAAAGAUAACAAACGAGCUCUGGUUUAUGGAGAACCAACUUAUGGAAAAGGCAAGAUACAGUCGGUUUUUGAGCUUUCUGAUGGUUCGGGCUUGGCAGUAACAGUUGCUCGCUAUGAAACACCAGCUCACACAGAUAUAGACAAGGUUGGUGUUACUCCUGAUCAUCCAUUGCCAAAGUCGUUUCCGAAAGAUGAAGAGGCGUUCUGUGGAUGCCUUAAGGAUCCAACAGCUGCUUGUUAUCUCAAUCAAGGUUUACUUUUUUCUAGAUGAUUUUGAUUUGUUCAAACUUUGUUCUGAGAUCAUAUGAGUAAAGUUCAUUAACUCAA